UAUUCAUAUAUGAUAUAUCCACUUAUUUAUGCUCAAGCUCAGAUUACAUUUUUUUAAUGAUCAUUACAUGACAGGACAUAUUUGAAGCGUUCUAUUGUAUUUCAUCAUUAAAUAAUUUCAACAAAAAGUUUCAAAAUAUGUGGACAAAAAAUAGCGAUGGAAAUGUUUUGUGGAGUAUUCCGGCUAAAUUAACGUUGCUCCGACUAUUAAAGCGAAACCCAGAAGCAUUGAAUCCCACGAAACGUGUGAACCCGAAAAAAGCGGCCGCAUGGCAAAAAGUCUAUGAUGAUUUGGUAAAAGCUGGAAUGCCAAAAACGCUAACAGUCAUACGCGUGAAAAAAUGCUGGUCAAGACUUCAAAGUACGGCAAAAGCACAUUAUGAUGAACAACUAAGGCGUUAUAGCCGACAUGGAAAACUUGUUCCACUAUCAAAGGUAGAUGAUACUACAAUCAAUUUGUUGAACUCAAUCAACUCCAUUCCAAACCCGAAAAAGGAAGUGAAGAAGGAACCAAUUGACACUACGGAAGAUGUACUUGUCGAAGAAGUGGAAAAACCAAACGCGCGUCAACUGUUUUUGGCAGAACACAUGAAUCCGGUAGUCAUGCUCGAACGCAUUGGUAACGACAAUGUCACCAGAGGUACCCGAACAAACGAAUCUUUGGACGCAAAUAGUUUGUCGGCUGAAUACUGGACAUUGAUGAAGAAGAUUGCCGAGAAUGAACUGCAUCUCAAGCAAAUUCAAUGCAAAAAUGAAGAAGAACGCAUGAAAAUCGAACGUGAAAUUCAUCAAAAAAACAUGUUCGUCAUGGAUCUCAAAAUUCAAGUGCAACAAAUGCAAAUCGACGCAUUGCGAGGACAAAACGUUUUUUGAUUAACAAAAGGCCAUUGUGCUGUGAACGAAAUCUUGAUAUCAUAUUUUUGUCUAAUAAGCAGACAUAAUAUUGAUAUAUUUUCAGCCAGAUGAAUCAGCUCAGCCAGCUUACGCCAGGCGCUGAA